UGGAUCGCUUGGUCUCUGCUCCGCUUCCUCGAGCUCGGCACCGUCCAGCGUCGCCGCCGUCGUCGGCCCCCGACCAUCUCCGGUGCCGGUACGCCUCCCCGCUGCUGCGUCUCUCUCUCGUGCGCAUACGGCAUACCCCUGAUUUCCCGUCACAUCUCUCUGUCCAUCCCCCGCUUUGCAUCUUGGUCUUGGUGGAAUGUACUGCACCAAGAGGAUGUGCGACACGGAGGCGGCGGUCGCCGUGCUCCCUGACGACCCCCUCGUGGAGAUCCUCUCCCGCGUCCCGGUCAAGUCCGUCUGCCGGUUCAAGUGCGUCUCCAAGGCAUAGGCGCGACCUCAUCGCCGAUCCUCUCCACCGCAAGAAGCGACCCCAGACCCUAGAAGGGUUCUUCUUACGAAGAGCAUCGUGAUAGCGAUAGCUGUGGCGAUGACUGCGACAACGGCAACGGAGAUGGCGAACAUGGUGGCACGGAUGACAGUGACGACAGGGAACCGCCUCGUCAAUUCUAUGGUUUCAUCGAUGUGCUGCAGAGAUCCGUGCGUCCUGUGGACUUCUCCUAUCUGACUGAGCUGCCUGGGCCUGGCAUUCUUGAGGAAACCAGGCUCUUGCAUUGCUGCAAUGGCCUCCUCCUCUUUCCGGUUCACUACAAUGGUUGUGACAUUUCAGGGAGCUAUAUCAUUUGCAACCCUGCCACUAAGCAAUGUGUGGCUGUGGCCAGCUCUGGCUUGACAUGGCAUCAGAUGAUCUCUGAAUCUAUGGUCACCUCUUUGCUUUUGAACCCAGGCGUCCGUUGCCAUUUCAACUUGGUCCAAGUUUUUGUGGAGGGAAUUGAAACAUCAGUGUGUGUCUACUCAUCAGAAACUCAGGCAUGGAGUCACAACACAAUUGACAGGGGUUCCAAUUGCAUAGCACCUUAUUCUCCUGGUGUCUAUGUUAAUGGCAUGCUACAUCUGCUCUCAUAUUGGGGAAAGAAGCUAACUUCAGUAGAUUUGGAAGGGAACACACAGAAGAUCUUCCCUGCACCAUGUCAGGUAGGCAGGGACAUGUAGCCAAUGUCUGGUUAUAUUGGACAGUUCCAAGGGUGCUUGUACUACAUCUGCAGUGAAAAGGAAAUUAUUUGUGAUGGUUUUGGUCAUACAGGAUGGAUCUGGGACAGAUUAUUAAUCUGGGUUCUCCAGUACUAUGACAGAAAACAAUGGGUCCUGAAGGACAGUGUAAACUUAAAAGUUGUUUGCGAAAGAGAAUUGCCAUAUCUACUACAAUGUUGUUGGAAUCUAUCCAGAUCACAGUUUGGUUUUUCUUGUUCAGCACUGGGACCAAAAGCUGAUAUCGUAUAACAUGGAUAGUAAGGAAGCGUGUCAUCUCUGCACUCUUGGACAUGGCUAUAAGCUCAUCACUGCAUAUGUUCCACACUUCUUGGAAUUUGGCACUUGAAAAAUAAACAGUGAAAUUGUUGCUUGUGGGCUACUUAUUGGGAUGUUAAACAGAAAUGAGAUCUUCUCCAAGUAUGGAGUAGUUAACAACUGGGUACAUCUAGUAGAAUUAGGUGAUACAUUUUUCUGGGCCUUGGAUGUGUCUUGUGUGUGGUCCAAUUAACACUGCAAGCCUGGUGAGACGUGCUAUGUAAGCUUGGUUUCGAUCUAGUUAUCUUGAUGAAUGCAGUUGCCCAACCAUAUGAUGCUUUGCAUUAAAGUCAAAUGUGUCAAAUGCUACCUUUGUAUUUCCAGAAUUAUAAGUCUCUUUAUGAAUGGGAUCCCCCCUGGCUUCUCUAGUGAGUUAUUACUACCUGAGAUUUUUCUUGUUUGCUCAGCCCAUUACAUGUUUACUUAUACCGUAACUUUAAUUCUUCCAAGGUGUUGCUAGCAACCCAUGGUGAUAAAAUUAAACCUCUUCCACAUUAACUUGUAUAUAUAGAUGCUGCUUGAUUGUUUCCAUGAUACCAGGGCUAUGGAAAAUGAUUGCCAUGUUUAGCUAUAGGCCUACUGAUAGUUGAAUAGUUGAUAUGUUACUUCUACAGCUACUUAUCUUAACUUUAAAGUCAACUCUGCGUGAAGUAUGAUACUUGAGGUGUUCGAAGGCACUUCAACUGAAACUCAAUGCAAAUGCCAAAAGAACUCAAUUUACUGCUAUAAGUUUUGAACUGUGGAUCCUCUCCAUGUUAGUUUCUGAUGACAUGAUGAAGGCUGAAUAUUGAGUCCAUUACAUGUUAGAAUAUAAUAAAAUAGAUUUUGCAUGUAAACUAGCAAACUCUCCCACUCAUGUGCCUUUGUUUUUAAAUGCUUACUUUCUAAGGCUGACAUUUGAGCUACACAAAUUUUUAAUAUUUUGAGUUUAGUAGGAAUAUGGCUGAUGGAGAAAAUGUAAAAGCCAUUCUAUUUCAUGCAUCCAGAUUUUGUAUAGCACAAAUACUGUCAUAUCUCUCUUCUUGUUCCUGUUGCACAGACUUGUGUAGUGUUGUAGAUAGUGCAUAAUGUUCACGUACGAAUGGAAACAGCGAAGCUUAACUGCAAUUGCCAUCCAUUCUUUUCCUUGCUAAAUCUAUCAUUCCAUUUCCGGUGUAUUAAGCCAGGUCAGCUUACAUGUUCAAGCUGCACUUCUCACUUCUGUUUCGAUAUGGUAUUGUUGUAUCAAGAAGAAAACGUCACAUGGAACUAUGGAAGAAUUGUCUAAGUUACAUAUUUGGUUUCUUCAUGCAAAAUAUUUAAAAUAAAGAAUAUGUCCUCUGUUUUUUUGAGGGGAAAAUAUGUGCCCUAUUAAUAUACAACAAUUUUAAUAAAAAGAAUAGGGUCAGAGUGAUGAGAGGAUUGGAAGAUCUGUGGGCCAUCAGCUAAGGCGUUAGGCCCAGCUCAGAAAUUCAUUUUGCAAAGGAAAACUGUCUCCACUGUCCAGCGUCCAUUCCCCUCACAACGGGGCAGCACAAGUGCGGGAGGUGAUAGGGUUCUUAGAAGAGAGAAUUCCUUAUUUGGCCAUGUAUAGAUACAAAAUUCCUUAUUUGGCCCUGUAAACAUGGAAAUUCCAUAUCUGACACUACUUGUAUCUUUCGUACCUAAAAUGUCACCGCCGUUAGUUUGGAGGUCUAACGGUGUUAAGCUAAAGGUAAAAAGACCAAAAUGCCCCUCAAUGGACUAAAUGUAUAUGUACUAUAUAUGAUUGGAUGUAUAUGGACAAUACAUAUAUAUGUAAUGUACAAUAUGACCUUGGCAAUAUUUUUUGACACACAACAACACAAUGGACAGCCAUAAUGAAUACAAAUUCAAGCAUUAGGAUAGUGAUUAAGAAGUAUAAAAAAGAUCGCAUUAAGAUAUCAUUAAGAUUGCUAUCUUAAUGCUUGAAUUUAUAUUUAUUAUGGCUGUCCACAAUGUUGUUGUGUGUCAAAAGUAUUGCCAAGGUCAUAUUAUACAUUACAUAUAUAUUGUCCAUAUACAUCCAGUCCUAUACAGUACACAUACAUUCAGUAUAUUGAGGGGCAUUUUAGUCUUUUUUACCUUUAGUUUAACACCGUUAGACCUCCAAACUAACAGUGAUCUCAUUUUAGCACCAAAGAUACAAGUAGUGUCAGAUAGGAAAUUUCCAAAUUUAGAGGGCCAACUAAGGAAUUAUUUAUGUUUACAGGGCCAAAUAAGGAAUUCUCUCUUCUUAGAAAUUCUCCAAAUCCUCGGUUGCUUUUGCUUCCUCGGCACCGGCCAGCUGCGCCGUCGUCAAUUCCGACCAUCUCCGGCGGCUGAUUGCUCGCGGCGGCAUGGACUGCUCCAAUAGGAGCGUGGCCGCGGCGGCCAGCGCCAGCCUUCCUGACGACCCCCUCGUGGAGAUCCUCUCCCGUGUCCCUAUCAAGUCCCUCUGCCGCUGCAAGUGCGUCUCCAAGGCUUGGCGCGACCUCAUCACUGACCCCCUCAACCACAAGAAGCUACCCCAAACCCUAGAAGGGUUCUUCCUCAUUGUCAACAGCUGCGUUGAUGACUCCAAUAGUGACGGUGGAGACAUCGGCAGUGAUGGAAGCAGCGAUGACAGUGAUGAUGGAGACGGCGAAGACAGCGGUAGUGGUGGCAGCGGAAAAAAUUCCGACAGUGAUAACGGAGAUGGUGAAGACAGCAACAGUGAUGGAGGCUGCGACGAUAGCCACAGUGCCAAUGGAGAUGGUGAAGACAGGAGUGGUGAUGGAGGUAGCGACGACAGUGACAGUGAUGAUGGAGAUAGUGAAGAUAGCAGCCGUGAUGGAGGUGACAGCAACAACUUCCGACGCCAAGUCUGUGUGCAUUUCAUCGACAUGUUAGGGAGACCCCCGCGUCCUGUGGAUCAUUGCUUCCCGUUCCUGACUGAGCUGCCGGGCAUUGUGAACAUCUGUGUCUUGGAUGACUGCAAUGGCCUCCUCCUCUUUGACUUUUUCCAGGUAUCAGGCGAAUCACUUAGCAAGAGCUAUAUUGUGUCUAACCCUGCGACUGAGCAAUGGGUCGUUGUGCCCGACCCUGACAUGAAAUGGCUGUCGUUAGCCUAUUUGGUUUUCGAUCCGGUUGCCUCUUCCCACUUCCAUUUGGUCCAGAUCAGGGCAGACAAAAUUCCAGUGCACAUCUACUCAUCUAAAUCUGGGGUGUGGAGUCCUGUCAGAAGUGACUGGGGUGAGCUUCGCAUAGCACCUGGCUUAGGCAUCGCAUAUGCUAAUGGCAUGCUGUAUGCGGUCUUGUAUGAGGGGAAUCAGAUAGCUGUGAUGGACGUGGAAGGCAACACAAGGAAGGUCAUCCCUAUGCCCUUUCAGGAGGGCAAUGAGUUCCGGACGUGUUCUGAUUAUGUUGGCCAGUCCCAAGGUCGUUUGCAUUUGAUUUACCAUGCUGACCUGGGUCAUGAUGACAUCUCCCCAGAACAGCAGAAUAAUGAAUUGUUCAUAUGGGUUCUUGAGGACUAUGAUACAGAAGAAUGGGUCCUGAAGGACACUGUAAGCUUUUUGAAGCUGUUUGGAAAGAUAACUGGCCAAACGAUUAAUGGCUUCGAAGUGGUUGCAAUUCAUCCGGAUCACAAUUUGGUAUUUCUUAUUCAUCACUUUAACCUAGAGCUGAUAUCAUAUAACAUGGACAGCAAGGAAGUGUGUCAACUUUGUACUCUUGGAACUGGUUAUCGGUCCAUCACUCCAUAUGUUCCUUACUUCAAAGAGUUGUCAACACUUGAAAAUAAGCACUGAAAUUGUUGCUUGUGGGCUACUUACUGGGACGUUCCAGCCGAAAUCAGAGUUUCCAGUUAUGUCUUUUACUGAUGCUGGUUAUGUAGUAGGAUUGGGCGCGAUGCCUUUUACUAGUGCUGGUUAUGUAUGUGGUCCAAUUAAUACAUCAACCUGUUCAGACGUAUAUGUAAGCUAACUGUACACCUAGUUGUCUCUAUGUUUUGUGCUCCCAGAAACUCCUUACAUAUGACGCGUUAUCUUUU